UCACCAUGUUUGAUCAUCAAAAUUAAAUUUAAUCAAUUUUUUGGGCCUAUAUAAAUUGUUUGUGUAAAAUCGUUAAUGUCUUAACAAAAAAAAGUAGAAUAAUCAUCAUACAAUGGCACAAUCAGGUACAAAAGCAGAAGCUAAUUAUAGACACAAGCCAGGAACUGUAGAAGAAUUUUGUGAAAGACCAGGAUCAUUAGCAUCUAAUAUAACAUUGUUUACUGGAUCUGCGUAUGCACUCAAAUUGCAUGGUGGUAUGGUGCAGGCUGCUGAUUUUCGAUCAAUCCAUAUGAGUAUAGGAGUAUUAUGCAUAAAUGCUGGAUUGGGAAUACUUACAUGGUGUAUACAAACAAAAGAAAUAUACGAAGUGUAUGUGGCAACAUACGAAGUACGACAACUGCUUUAUGUUGGUGCCCUAAAUAGUGAAUUAUAUUUUAAUGCUGAAUAUAGCCCAAUUACAGCAUAUAUGCAUUUAAUGCCUGCAUUAUUGAUUCCCUUGUGUACCAACUUCACUGAUUAUGAUAUGGAACAAAUUACAGACUUGGUUGUGAUUGUACAAUUAAUAUCAUGCUUUUAUAUAUGUUAUAAAACAGAAAAUAAAAUUGGAUUUUAUGCAUGUGGUACAGCUAUUCUUUCUACAUUCUUCCAUACGCUUCUGCGAGCAUUAAAACAAGAGGAUAUUGAGAUGUUCACAUUCCAAGAACUUGAUAUAAAUAAUUUAAUUUUGACUGCAUUCGCUCUGUUUGCUGCUAAGAGUGCUAUAUUGCCAGAAGCAGCUGAAGGAGCAGCAUUAUUAAUAAAAUAAUAGAAAUCGAACCAACUUCUUUUAAAAACACUUUCUUUUGCUUCAUAUUAAUAAACAGGAAUUUUUAACGAGGAAUUCCUUUUCUACAGUUUAAUCGACAUUUAAAUGAGACGA